GGCCGGCGGCCCUGAGGAGGAGUGCUGGCGCAUGGCGCCCAAGGAGGAGUUCGUGAAGGUGCGGAGGAAGGACCUGGAGCGCCUGACCACGGAGGUGAUGCAGAUCCGCGACUUCCUGCCCCGCAUCCUCAACGGCGAGGUCCUGGAGAGCUUCCAGAAGCUGCAGGUGGUGGAGCGAAACCUGGAAAGGAAAGAGCAAGAAUUGGAGCAGCUGAGAAUGGACUGCGAGCACUUUAAAUCCCGGCUGGAGACCGUGCAGGCUGACGGCGUGCGGGAGAAGAAGGAGAAACUGGCUCUUCGGCAGCAGCUCAAUGAAGCGAAGCAGCAGCUGCUGCAGCAGGCAGAGUACUGUACGGAGAUGGGGGCAGCGGCCUGCACCCUCCUGUGGGGCGUCUCCAGCAGCGAGGAGGUCGUCAAAGCCAUUCUGGGCGGAGACAAGGCUUUGAAGUUUUUCAGCAUCACUGGGCAGACAAUGGAGAGUUUUGUGAAGUCCCUGGAUGGAGAUGUCAAAGAGCUUGAUUCUGACGAAAACCAGUUUGUCUUUGCUUUAGCUGGAAUUGUGACAAAUGUUGCCGCCAUAGCGUGUGGUCGGGAAUUCCUGGUCACCUCCAGCCGGGUGCUCCUGGACACCAUCCUGCAGCUCCUGGGAGACCUGAAGCCGGGCCAGUGCACCAAACUCAAAGUGCUCAUGCUGAUGUCCCUGUACAACGUGAGCAUCAACCUGAAAGGCCUGAAGUACAUCAGCGAGAGCCCGGGAUUCAUCCCCUUGCUGUGGUGGCUUCUGGGCGAUCCAGAUGCAGAGGUGUGCCUUCACGUCCUGCGGCUCGUCCAGUCCGUGGUCCUGGAGCCAGAGGUGUUCUCCAAGACGGCCUCCGAGUUCCGGAGCUCCCUGCCCCUGCAGCGCAUCCUGGCAAUGUCCCGGAGCCGCAACCCGCACUUGCAGACCGCGGCCCAGGAGCUGCUGGAAGACCUGCGCGCCCUGGAGCGUGACGUGUAGGUGCGCCCUGCCCAGGGCUUGCUGAAAACGCCCGUGUCCCCUCUCCUCCCCAGGUCUCUCACUUUGUUCCAAAACUGCUCCUGUGUGCCCCGUGUUGGAGAUGGCCAAACGCAGCUCACUAGAGAUGGACAUGAACUGAUGUGUAUC